GAAGGUGACCCGCGAUCCCAGCUCCUGCAGCCGGGGGACGGGAGUGCCCUGGAGGUCUACAGCGGCCUUCCCCGUCUACACGACCCUGGUGUCCACUUGCUCUUCGUGCCGGGUGGGACUUCCCUGUGUGCUACCCUGUGCAUCUCGACGGCAAGCCCUGAAGGAUGGCUGCCUUGUUGGGAGAUGCCAUCAUGGUGGCCAAAGGCCUGGCUAAGCUGACCCAGGCAGCCGUGGAAACUCACCUGCAGCACUUGGGCCUCGGUGGGGAGCUCAUCAUGGCGGCCAGGACCCUGCAGUCCACUGCUAUGGAACAGAUUGGCCUGGUUUUGGGGAAGGUGCAGGGACAGGAUAAGUAUGAAGAGUCUUAUGCCACUGAGGGCUUCGAUGACCUGGAAGCCGAGGUCCAGUUCUCAGGCCUACAGGCAGCUGGAGCCUCCCUGGACUUCUCCGCUGCCUCCACCCCAGGCCAGUCGCCGUCUCCAGCCCUGGGUCAUGCCCACCGCGAGGGCCCGGCUCCUGCCUAUGCUGCCAGCGGAUUCUUUAGGGAAGCUGGGCUUCCAGGCCAGGCUGCCUCCCCUCUGGGCAGGGUCAACGGACGGCUCUUUGCAGACCCCAGAGACUGCUUCUUGGCCAUUGGCGCCCAGCGAAGGUUCUUCCACCAGGACCAAUCCCCCAUGGGGGGUCUCACGGCUGAGGACAUUGAGAAGGCCCGGCAAGCCAAGGCUCGCCCAGAGGGCAAGCCACACAAGCAGAUGCUCAGCGAGCGGGCUCGGGAGCGGAAGGUGCCAGUGACGCGGAUUGGACGGCUAGCCAAUUUUGGAGGUCUGGCUGUGGGUCUGGGCUUUGGGGCCCUGGCUGAAGUCGCCAAGAAGAGUCUGCGCCCUGAGAACUCCACAGGGAAGAAGGCCAUGCUGGACUCCAGCCCCUUCCUGUCGGAGGCGAACGCGGAGCGGAUCGUGAGCACGCUGUGCAAGGUGCGCGGGGCGGCGCUGAAGCUGGGCCAGAUGCUAAGCAUCCAGGACGACGCCUUCAUCAACCCCCACCUGGCCAAGAUCUUCGAGCGCGUGCGGCAGAGCGCGGACUUCAUGCCACUCAAGCAGAUGACGAAGACCCUCAACACCGACCUGGGCCCGCACUGGAGGGAGAAGCUCGAAUACUUCGAGGAACGGCCCUUUGCGGCCGCCUCCAUUGGCCAGGUGCACCUGGCCCGCCUGAAGGGUGGCCGGGAGGUGGCCAUGAAGAUCCAGUACCCCGGCGUGGCUCAGAGCAUCAACAGCGAUGUCAACAACCUCAUGGCCGUGCUGAAUAUGAGCAACGUGCUUCCCGAAGGCCUGUUCCCUGAGCACCUGAUCGACGUGCUGAGGCGGGAGCUGGCUCUCGAAUGCGACUACCUGCGGGAAGCUGCUUGUGCCAAGAGGUUCAGGGAGUUGCUGAAGGACCACCCCUUCUUCUAUGUGCCCGAGAUCGUGGAUGAGCUCAGCAGCCCCCACGUGCUGACCACGGAGCUGGUGUCUGGCUUCCCCCUGGACCAGGCGGAAGGGCUGAGCCAGGAAGUUCGGAAUGAGAUCUGCUAUAACAUCCUGGUCCUGUGCCUGAGGGAGCUGUUUGAGUUCCACAUCAUGCAGACGGACCCCAACUGGUCCAACUUCUUUUAUGACCCUCAGCAGCACAAGGUGGCUCUUCUGGACUUCGGGGCGACGCGGGAAUAUGACAGGUCCUUCACCGACCUCUACAUCCAGAUCAUCCGGGCUGCUGCAGACAGGGACAGGGAGGCUGUGCUGAGGAAGUCCAUAGAGAUGAAGUUCCUCACGGGCUACGAAGUCAAGGCCAUGGAGGACGCCCACCUGGACGCCAUCCUCAUUCUGGGGGAGGCCUUUGCCUCGGAUGAGCCCUUCGACUUUGGCACCCAGAGUACCACCGAGAAGAUCCAUGGCCUGAUCCCCGUGAUGCUGAAGCACCGUCUCGUGCCUCCGCCCGAGGAGACGUACUCCCUGCACCGCAAGAUGGGCGGCUCCUUCCUCAUCUGCUCCAAGCUCAAGGCCCGCUUCCCCUGCAAGGCCAUGUUCGAGGAGGCCUACAGCAACUACUGCCGGGCGCAGGCGGUGCUCCCGGUGGGCAGGGGAAAGCAGGGGUGACGUGCCACUGCCCAGCGAGCGGAUGGCGGCUCUGCGGGAGGAGGCUGCGCGGAGGCCCGGCCCUCGCACGGCUCUUGUGGAAGGGAGUAGAACUGGUGCAGAGCGAGGCGAUGCCACUGUUCUGCCAGACUCUGCCGUGUGCCCCCUCUGAAGUAACCGGAUAAAAGGCGAUUUUCUUCCCUCUCCUUUCCCGCCUGUGAACGCUAACAGGAGCGAGGCGCCUGUCCCCUGAGGCCUUGCUGCCAAGGCUGAACGAAGACACGAAAGACACAAAGAGGCAGCAGCCUAGAAGCCUUUUGCGUCUUGUCGGCCAUGUGGUGUGAGCCUGUGUGUUUCUAGGGGAGGUUUGUGUCUGCCCUUUCCUGCUCCAGGCUGAGGUUCCGAGCUGAGACCAGCAGAUCCAGGACCCUGAGGGCUGGGCUGCCGGGACGGGUCUCAGUGUGGAGACGAUUGGGCCUUGGUAGAGAAGAGCUGCCCCUACCGGGAGGGAAGGCCAGCCAGAUGUGAUGGACAGCCAAGGUCAGCACAGGCUCUGAGGGUUGAUACAAGUCUCGUAAUGACCACAUUUACUUGUUUUGGUUCAAUUAAAAAGUGCUUGUGA